AUAUUAACGUGAUCCUGUGAUCUCACGCAGUCGGCAACACCGCGGCACUAUUUAAGGCCAUGCCUGCUGUUACAUCUUCCCGACUGACGUUGCAUACAAGAACAUUUCAGCCUCGUACUCUUCCCGAGCAGGCACGCAGGCAACAUAUCAUGCUUCGCUUCGCUGCUGUAUUGCUCCUCUUCGGCUUGGUCUUCGGACAACGUAAAGACAUCGUGUAUGAAGACUGUGGAAGCGAAGCCCAAAUUACUUCAGUCCAACUGGAACCGUGUGACUCCAAUCCAUGUGUCAUUAAGCGAGGAACAAAAGUGAAGAUUCACUUUACAUUGGUUUCAGACCAAGACAGUGACACCGCUAGGCUCGACGCCACCAUGAAUCUGUUCGGCCUCAUGAUACCAAUCCCCGGUCUGGAGAGAAACAUGUGCAAGGUUAUUGAGUGCCCCAUCGUCAAGGGAAAUACGUACAAUGGAAUUUUGGAAGCGGACGUGCCGUGGUUGGCGCCCCCCAUGAGAAGCCAAGUCCAGCUCAAGCUUGUGGGCGACAAAGGCGUCAGCAUUUGCACCAAGAGCAAUGUGGUCGUCGAAUAAAAAUGCGGGCGCAAAUAAUUCGCCUGAAGCAUCGCA